AUGACUUCCCUCCCUCAGACCAUCAAGGCCCUUCAGAUUCAGGAGGACAGGACUGUCAAGGUAGUUGAUAUACCUUUCGCGUCGCAGGACAAGAUUCAAAACCUGCCUGGCGAUGAAGUGCUCGUUCGCGUUCGUGCCGUCGGUCUCAACCCUACCGACUGGAAGCACGCCCUCAGUCCAUUGGGAACUGUUGGUACUAUUGUCGGCUGCGAUGCUUCGGGCGAUGUCGUCGCGGUGGGCUCAGCCGUGACCCACAUCAAGGCUGGAGAUCGUGUCGCCGGCUUCAACUAUGGGGGCUCUUGGCAGAAGGACAACGGGGCGUACGCAGACUAUGUGCGCUUCAAGGCGGCCGCAAGCUUCGUCUUACCGACAGAGAUGACCUACGAGGAAGCGGCGUCUUUCCCAAUCCCCCAUCUCACAGGCGUCCAGGCCCUGUAUAUGCGUCACUCCUUCCCGAAGCCGCUCUCACCUGGGGCGAAGGAGUUCAAGCAGAAAGGCGAGAAGAUCCUGAUCUGGGGUGCCAGCACUGCCGUUGGUCACCAUGCCGUCCAACUCGCGGCGCUGUCAGGUCUUGAGGUCUACGCCACCGCCUCUCCAGCUGUUCACGACGAGAUCAAGGCGUUGGGCGCGACGCACGUCUUCGACUACAAGGACAAGGACGUUGCCGCCAAGAUCGGGGAGGCCGCCGGUCCGCAAGGCAUCAUUUACGCCUUUGACACUGUCGCCGAGAACGGCAGUACUGAAGCUACGAUUGACGCGCUCUCAUCGACUCGCGGCGGCACCGUCAUUACGACGCUUCCUAUCUCAGACGAGGUCAAGAACCGUCGUAAGGACGUCCAUGCCGAGUUCACGCUCGUCUACACGGAGCUCGGUUACGCGUUCGACUUCGCGAAUGCUGUGCACUUCCCAGCUUCGCCUGAAGACAACGAGCGCACUCGGGCGUACUGUACCGAUGACAUCAAGCGCGUCUUGGACGGUUGGAAGGCGGGUGCUGGCUCCCCCAAUUUCAAGACGCAGAAGCUGCGUGUCCUUCCUGGUGGUCUCGAAAACAUCGCAGAGGGCUUCGAGAUCAUGCGGAGCGGCGCGUAUGGUCGUGAGAAACUUGUGUACAGGAUCGCUUAG